AUGGCCACUGAAGCCACCUUGGAGAAGCACGCUUAUGUCCCCAUCUCGAAUUCCGAAUCUACCCCUAAUACAGCAGUAUAUGGACAGGAUGAUCUCGAGAAGGGGCCGCAAGAUGUCGAGCGUAGCAGCGAUCAGAUAGGAGAUAGGCACGCCGGUGUCGACGAUCCAACUCCUUCGACAGAUUCCAGCCUCAGCGGAGGAUCGGAUACAGAAGCCUACAAAGCCGAUCCUUCCAAGUCGCCGAACCUUGAUAAAGGGCAUGCGGCCAGCUCAUCGGCAGCCAAGAGACCACCCACUUUCAAGACAGUGUCUGUCAACAAGACUUUCUUAGCCUCCAAAACUGGUUUGGGCCCCAGUGCCCCCAAGGCCGGUGACAAAUUUAUCUCGAUAUCAGGCAUCACAAACACUUCAGCGUCUUCCGGUCUAACCUCUAUUCGGCCUCGUCUUGUGGCGAAAACUGGCAGUGGAAAUCGUGACUCCAGUCCACGUUUCGCGGCGAACGGCGGCAAACAAUCAACAGCACCAGAUCCAGCCAGCGUCUGGAACAAAAACAAACAAGAUAUAAAGGGCCAGGCAAACUGGGCGGAUAUUGACGACGACGAUGAUGACUGGGCACCAGAAACUAUUACUUGGACUGAUGGUACAAGAAUCACCCUGCCACCUCCCGAUGAAAUACCAAACAGCACAGAACCACCUCAGCUUCCGGCAUUACCAACCUCCAAGGAAACACCAUCUAUUGCUCCAAUAAAAUCUUCACCGCCGCUGAGAUCGACUUCCCCAUCUAAGUCCGGCGGCCUUGCAUCGGGAAAGAGCCUCAUUCUAAAGGCAGGGUCCACAGAGAAAGUCACGCUGGUAACGAAGCCCGUAGUGCCGCCCCAGCCCGCGAAGUCUCCUUGGGCGCCCUUACCACCCAUUCAGAAGGCAUCACCUGUAGCUACCGAUGCCACCCGUACACAUGUUAGCCCUCGUCCCCCUUUUAGAGAAGCGAGCCUCCAUAAGCCAUUGCAACACCCACCUGGGCGAGAAAUUGCUGUUGAUGAUUUCACCCGAUCAUCAUGGAGGGAUGCGCCGAUCGCAACGGGCCGGGAACUUUACAACUCACAGUCUGGACGAUAUGAGCCUGUGCAAGACCGACGGGGUUCUUUUCGAGCCGAUACAUAUGGCAGGCCCGCCCUCCUCCAGCGUCCAUACCCCCAUCAUGACUCCACUGAGCCAUCUCCGACUUUUCAGACCUCUCGUGCUGUACAGGAUCUACCUUUUAGUCGACGCAGGGCGUCCUCUAACGUCAGCGGCGGCAGUGGGUUGCUCCAAAAGUCAGGGAAAGGGUUUGAGCAAAGCACUAUGCAAAGUGAUGUUUUGAGCACUCGAAGAGAGUCAUUCACAACUUCCACGGAUAGCCACGCUUCGCCGAGAAAUUUUUCGCCUUCUGGCCAGUCAAGCGGUAGGUAUCCACCUACGAUGGCUUGGCCUCCAAAGGCUUCGCCAUCCUCCACCUAUGCCAGUCCACAUUCUGCCCACGUUGGUCCCGAAAAACCACCUUCACUGGCCGCAGCAGGUUUAGAUGCGCCCUUGAAUUCUGAAGAGGAAGCAGUUGAGUUUCAGAAGCGCUUAAUGCGCGAGAGGCGUGAGGAGGCAAUAAGGCGUAGAUUGGAGGAAGAAGCACGAGAAGAGGCUGCUAAAGCAGAGCGCAUACGACUCAAGCUUGAGGCCAUGGGUCCACCUCCAGAAAGGAAGAGCAUCAAGAGGGAGCAGGCUAAGAAGGAUCAUGUCGAUAUCCAAACCAUGUCCACACGCCUUCGAGAGACCGGCCCUAACAGGGAUGUUCCUCCUUUACACGAGAAAGACACCCAAGGAAAGCUCGUUAGGCAAGCAGGAUCAAAUCAAUCAGAUCCGUGGAACGCCUCCACCACAGUCUCCGCUAAUCGCCUCGUCUCAUGGCCAUCAAGUAGUCAGCAGUCGUCCCGUAAUGUCUGGGGAUCACCAGACAAUGAUCGCGGGUUAGGUAAUGGUACUUUCAACCCAGAUCUAGGCCGGGUGCUUGAGUCUCGCACCACGCAGCCUCCUCAAUCGCAGCCUGAUGAGCCGGCCCCCAUUGGACAUCUCAGCGGCAGAAUGCUUAAUCGGCAGCACUCACAACCGUCUUCGCAGAGUUUCUCGACUUCCCGCCCUGAAAGGUAUCCCGCCACCGAGCAGCGGCCAUUCGGUGAAAAACAGAAUCAAUGGGUACAGUCCGUUCUUCAAGAAGACGACACCUUGCCGGACAACCACUCAAAGGAACCUGACAGCCUUGACCGUCGCGUUCCUAACCAAGCCUUGACACUUAACGAAUCUCGGUCUGCAAUCAAGCAAACCUGGCAUCCGGACCCAGAUCCGUCUCGUUCAGAACAUAACAGCCGAGUUGUGACGUCCGCUUCUUGGGCGAGAGGUCUCGAUGAAGGGAAUAACUAUAACAAUUCCGAGCCUUCGGAAACCCCUCCCGCCACAACCCGGGGAGCUACUCAACUGUGGCCACCCAAGCCCCCCUCAGUCACAACAGGAAUGGCAGGAAAAAAUAUACGAAUUAACAGGGCGCCGGCCAGCCCUAGGUCACCGGCGGUUGAUUCGGCGACUCGGAUGGUGUUCGAUCACUCAAUCCAGCGUAACCCUGCCAUGGUAUCCCUUCCUAUCCCCAUUGCCUCAAAGUCGUCCAACCUUGAGACGAUCACAAGCAAGCCAAUGGCCGAGGAAUGUUUUGAAGAGCAAGAGAUGGGUUCAUUGCCAUCUAUUCGCAUUCCACAUAAAGCGCCCGAUGCAGCCUGGCAGCCAGCCACAUCAUCAAACAAGGCGUUGCCACGGACAUUGAUGGUCGUUGCAACUACCACCAAGCUUUUCGACCCGGUUGACAUCAAUUCGUGCUCCAUCCGCAUCUCAUUUCCCCUUACAGAACCCAGAACAGUGGCUUUAAGCGCUGCAUCAAGUCGUGGUUCAAGCCGUGCCAGCGGUCACACCCGCAUUACUGGCCGGAACCGGGGCUCGGCUCCCACUCAUCGUGGUAGUAGCAACGUAAAGGGACCCCCAAUCCCCCUCAAAUGA